CACCAUUCUGCCGUCAGUCUUACCGUUAAUGCAAGUCAUGGUUCGACAGUGUCGUCACUGAUGCGGGGAUCUCAAUACAUUUCCUCUGGUCCUUUUAGUGACAGGAACUCGUUACCUUCACCUCUGCAUUCCUAUUCACCUGCUAGAAACAAUCACUAGUAUUUUCUCUAGCUGCUAUUUUCAGGGAGCCAUAAUAAAGUGCUCUCCUCUAUUAUCAGGCCGCCGGUUCCGGCACGACCCCACUCCUUUCUCGACGGCACUACAACAUGGCCAACGCAGACUUCCCAAAGUUGUUUGAGCUCAAGGACCAGGAACUUCUCCAAAACCACUGUUACAUCCACGGAAAAUGGGCCACAGCACGUCGAGGCCAAAAUUUCCCCGUCACUGACCCUGGGUCGGGUCAAAUCUGGGCAGAAUGUGCAGACGGCACGAAGGAUGACGUUGAGCCCGCCGUGCACUCAUCACACAUAGCGUUUGAGAAGUACUCGAAGGUGACCCCAAGACAGCGAGCGCAAAUUCUCCUGAAAUGGCAUCAGCUUAUUGACAGCAACCGUGAGGAUUUGGCUAAAAUACUUGUCUAUGAAACGGGCAAGCCACUUACCGAAGCGUACGGCGAGAUUGACUAUGCGCUCACAUUCGUGUGGUGGUUCGUAGGUGAGGCGGAGAGGAUUCAGGGGUCCGUGAUAACAUCCGCUGUCCCGGGGCGACGCUCCAUAGUCAUCAAGCAGCCCAUCGGUGUCGUCGCUGGUCUGGUCCCCUGGAACUUCCCCGUCGCCUUGAUGCUCCGUAAGGCCAGCGCUGCUCUGGCUGCCGGCUGCACCAUGGUUGUGAAGCCAUCACCGGAGACUCCCUUCACUGCGCUGUCCCUAGGAUUUCUUGCCACGCGAGCUGGUUUCCCAGCCGGUGCCCUGAAUGUUGUCACGACGAGCCUUGAAAAUACCCCCGAGGUCGCGGAGGCGCUGUGUCUUCACCCUAUAGUCAAGAAAGUCACUUUCACAGGCAGCACAAGGGUGGGCAAGAUAAUCUCAGGUCUUUGUGCCAGGAACCUGAAAAAGGCGACUUUUGAACUCGGUGGAAACUGCCCAUUCAUCGUCUUUGAUGAUGCCAACCUGGAUCAAGCUCUCGAGCAACUGAUGGCCCUAAAAUGGAGACAUGCAGGUCAGGCAUGUGUCACUGCGAAUCGCGUUUACGUCCAACAGGGGAUCCAUGAUAACCUGGUAAAAGCCCUGGUUGAAAAGUCGUCAUCAAUCCGGGUGGGCCAUGGCAUGGGUGAGGGCACGACAAUAGGCCCUGUAACCACUGCUAGAGGACUCGAAAGGGCUGAAGCGCUUGUGAAGGAUGCCAUUGAUAACGGUGCACAACUCAUGCUGGGAACAGGGAAGCGACAUCGGGUGGAGGGGCAUGUCGAUGGUUACUACAUGGCACCGACCAUCCUGACAGGGAUGACUCGUGACAUGACCAUGAGCUGUGAAGAAAUAUUCGCACCUAUCUUGACUGUGUACGCAUUUGAAGAUGAAGACGAGGUCGUCACACGGGCAAACAAUACAAGCAUGGGCUUGACUAGCUACGUCUUCACCAAGAGUGUUGAUCGAUUAUGGCGCCUCUUUGAAAAGCUGGAGGCUGGUAUGAUCGGAUUGAACACUGGAAAUUGUUCAGCAGCGGAAGCUCCCUUUGGUGGAAUUAAGGAUAGUGGUGUUGGGAAGGAAAGUGGGAAGGACGUUGCUAUCAAUGAGUUCAUGGUGACCAAGACUGGGACAUUGACCGUUGAGGACCACUAUUGAAACAAAGGCUACAGAAGGAUUGGCUGCCGUGAAUGUAAAUCUAUAAUGUAAUCGAGUGAGUGGCUUGUAGACGUUUGUGCAAGAAGCUCGACUUCAAGGCUUAGUAUAAGCGCCGGAGGAUUCUGGACGUGGCAAUGUAAGCUCAAUUGUGUGAAAUGACGCCGCAUCUACAGGAAAUUGCCACAGGAGACGUGCCUGUAUGGCUUCUUAUGGCUACUGUA